CAGUGCUGCUUUUUUUUGAGUCUUGAUUUGAAUUGCACCGGUGGAUGCUCGAGCAAAUCAUAUCAUAGUUGUGAUAGAUAUUGUUGACGGCAUUUCACGUUAGAGCUAGGGAAGUCGUUGAAUAAGCGAAGUAAAAUUUGUAUACAUAUUUACCAUACCAUAUGCUUUAACCCAAGGUCAAAAGGUCAAGGAAAUAUUUCUCGUAGUUAACUGAAAAAAUGGCAAACCUGAAUGCUCCAAGAAACAAUGCAAAAGAAAAUCACAAGACAAAAGGACAACCAACAAAAAAGCAGUCUCGAGGAGGGAGUUCAAAGGAUAAGUUUGAAGAAUAUUUAUCCAAAUCUGAAGUCCAAGAAGGUUUAAAGCAAGGUGAACUGAUUGAGGGUGUGAUCCGAAUCAAUCAAAGGAACUACAAUGAUGCAUUUAUCAGUUCACCGGAUGGACAGAUGGACAUAUAUAUCAGUGGGAUGCGAGACCGAAAUCGAGCCCUCAAUGGAGAUGUGGUGGUGGUGAAAUUAAAUCCACAAGAAGAGUGGAAGAUUUUAUGGGACAGUUUAAACAAUUUCCAACAAAAGAAUGCAGUGCAGGUUUUUUUAAAAGGCAAGGGUGAAGAGUCUCAUCCUUCUAAUGACAGAGAUUUAAACAAGAAAAAGAUUCCACCUUGCUCAGAUAAAUCAGAAACAUUUACUUACUCUAGUACUUGUAUAAAAGACAAUUCGGUGCUACUUCAAGAAGUGGAACUUCAAACUCAUUGUAGUGGUCCUACCCAUUCAACAAACCAAGAAUGUGAUGACUUUAAUUCAGAAAGUAAUUGGGAAGCAGGUUGGACAACAAGUAUUGGACAGUGGAGGGAGUCAGAUACUUUGGAAAUCCUGGGAGUUGACAAGUUCUUUGAACAAGUACAACAACUGGAGAAGCAGAAGAAGCAAAAGAAUAAGAACCAACGUAAGAAAAACAGGAACAAGUACAAACAGAAAAAUGCUUGCUGUGUUGUUGCACCACAUGAAUUAUUAAAAGAAGACAUUGGUUUUGACCAUUGGGAAUCUACCACAGUUUCCUCACUAGAAAACAUAGAUUCUUCAAGAGUGUUUCAGGAUACUUCUUGCUGUCAAGUAGAAAUGUCUAGUACUAUGGAUUCUUUUAGUUCAAGAAUCUUUCAUGACACUUUGGAUGAACAAACUAAAUCAGAUUUCAAACAGUUAAAGGGAGAACAAACUGGGUGUUCCAGUGAAGAUCAUGUUCCUUGUGACACUUGGACAACUGAUGCAGGCAGUGCUGAAAGCUAUAGUGUUGUGAUAUCACCAGAACAGCUUCUUGACUUAACUGAGUUAGAAAACUUCCAGUUGCCUAAAAGAAUAGAUAGUGACAGUGAAGAAGAUGGUGAAAUAGGAUUAGACCAAGAUAGUAGCAGCAUAGGUGUAGGUGGCAUAGCUGUUGCUCCUGAAGACUUGAGUCCUGAUGAUGAUCUGAGGUCUUUGAGUGGAGAGAGUAUAUCCAGUCUGGAACAAACUUUAGAAGAUGCUGAUUUCCUAGCAAGUUGUCAGGAUGCUAGAAACAACAAUAUUAGUUCACCAUUUAAUAACAUUCAAGAUAAUGAUCAACCUGUUAUAGAAACCAGUAGUUCCUCAGGAACUUGCCAGCAGUCUAAAGACAGUUGUAAUGAACCCAGUGAUAGAGAUGAGAGCUUGAGUUUUACCAAUAUUGACACAGUAAUCAUUAAGUCUGCAGACACCAAGCUUGAUGUUUCUUGUAAGUCUGUAACAUCAUCAGGAUCCACAGAUCUUGUGAAAGAAAAGAAAAAAUUGAGGAACAGAAAAAAGAAGAAGCACAAUAAAAAUGUAGUGGAACACUUGGACAAAAGUGACACAAAAAUAUGUGAACUGAACAACUCACUUUCAGAACCAGUAAAGUGUGAUGGUCUGGCUGAAGAAACUGCUGUGAAGACUGUUAAUAAACAUUGUCAUAAAAAACAAUUCAAAAAGUUUGAUAUGACACAGUGUGGAAAUUUAACUGUGUAUGAUAUCAUGAAGACUCCUGGAUGGGAAAAAUUUGUUCAGAAAACUGGCAAGGUGGUGUACAUUGUAGAGCAAAAACAUAGUCGAGCAGCAGCAGGCUACAUAAAACUACAGCAAGAUAAAAACCCUAAUUGGACUCUUUUCUGUCCCACUGAUUCAAAAAUACCCAGAAUUUUUGUUCCUAUGAAUGAAUGUCCACAAGGGUUCUUUGAAAGACCUGCAGAUUUUGCUAAAACCUUAUUCAUAGCAAGAAUUACUCACUGGGACAGAAGUUCUACAUUUCCAAGAGGGACAUUGCAGCGUAGCCUUGGGGAGGCAGGACAGAUAGAACCAGAGACAGAAGGAAUUCUUUUGGAGAAUGGUGUUGACUAUAGUGAAUUUCCAGAAGAGUGUUUGCACGGAUUACCUACAGAUAUCCCAUGGCAGAUACCUGAGACAGAGCUCAUACAGCGGAAAGACUUUCGUAACCACUGUGUUUUCACUGUUGACCCUUCAACUGCACGAGAUUUGGAUGAUGCUCUCUCAUGCUGCCCUCUUGGAGAUGGCCUCUUUGAAAUUGGAGUCCACAUUGCUGAUGUCACUUUUUUCUUAAAGGAAGACUCACUGUUAGAUUUAAUAGCAAGAAGUAAGGCCACCAGUGUGUAUUUAGUUCAGAAGGUUGUUCCAAUGCUACCUCGAAUUCUUUGUGAACAACUGUGUAGCCUUAAUCCAAACGAAGAUCGGUUAACAUUUUCUGUUGUAUGGACUCUGACGCAGGAAGGCACUGUAGUUAAUGAAUGGUUUGGCCGUUCUGUAAUACGUUCAUGUGUGAAACUUAGCUAUGAGCAUGCGCAGGACAUGAUUGAACAUUCUGGAAAGACUUGGGGUCCAGGUGAACUUCCUCCUGUUAGUGGAGGAUUUACGGUAAAAGAUAUUGAACAGAGUAUAUGUACACUUCAUAGUAUAGCUGUCAAUCUAAGGCGAAAAAGGUUUGAAGAUGGAGCUCUUCGCCUGGAUCAAACCAAACUGCAGUUCACUCUUGACUCAGAAACAGGACUUCCCUCCGGCUAUUCAGUCUAUGAACAGAAAGAUAGUAACCGGUUAAUAGAAGAAUUCAUGCUACUAGCUAAUAUGGCAGUGGCACAUAAGAUUUACAAACAUUUUCCCAAGCAAGCCUUUCUUCGAUGCCAUCCACCACCUCAAAUGAAAAUGAUGGAAGAUGUUGUGGAUAGUUGUGCUGCUAUGGGUAUUCAUUUGAAUGCUUCUUCAGCUAGAACCUUGCAGGCUUCUUUGGCUAAAUACUGUGGUGAGGACCUGUAUUCUGCAGCACGCAUUCAGAUUCUCACAGCCUUGUGUUCCAAACCCAUGAAUUGUGCCCUGUACUUCUGUAGUGGUUGGGUGAAUGACCCUAAAAGUUUUCAUCAUUACGCUCUUAAUGUGCCUCUUUACACACAUUUUACAUCUCCUAUACGACGGUAUGCAGAUGUUAUUGUCCAUCGUUUGUUGGCAGCUGCUUUAGGAUACCAAUCACCUACCAGCAUCAGUGUUGAGGAUCUCCAAAGACAAGCCAGUCACUGUAACGACAAGAAAUUGGCAGGAAAACGGGUUCAGGAACUCAGCGCUGACUUGUUCCUCUCAGUUUUUGUCAAGGAAUGUGGUCCUCUAGAAGAACAAGCAAUGGUCAUGGGUUUAAUGGAUCACUCUUUUGAUGUUUUGAUUCUGAGAAUGGGAACUUUGAAGAGAGUUUAUUUGGAUAAAUUGCCACUACAAAAAGUGGAGUACAAGAAGGAACAAGGUGUACCACAGCUAACUCUAGUGUGGAAAACAGAAAGUGUGAAUGAUGACAAGCUUGUCCAAGUUAUCAGUGUAUUCACACUAGUGGAAGUGGUUUUGUGUAGUGUUCAAGGAGAACCCCUCAAAUUCAAUGCUGUUCUGAAGAAACAAACUAGAUAAAUUGAACCUUUAUUCUGAUGGUUUUUAAUAUCGGUCAGUUGUUUUUGUGAUGACGUAAGGCACAGUUUUGUGAAUCUUGAAACUAUAUCUGUAAACUUUUAUCUUGUUGGGAUCCAUGUGUUAUGGUUGUAGUAAAAUUCCGUAAAUAUUUUACGUUAUUUAAAUUAUGUACAUGUGCAUAUAGUGCAUGUAUGUUUUUGUAAGAUGAAAGGACAAUAAUUGUAACAUGUGGUAUGUAAUUUUAAUAGGUUAGAUAACUGUUAUAUUAUUCUCUGUUUUGUUGUCAGGGAUUUAGUGGUGAUAGAAAAAAAAAUAUUAAAAAAACAGAAUAGAAUUUUUUUAGUAAAGCAUACUUAUUGAAUAUUUAAGUUAGUAAACUAUGAAAAAAAUAAUUAUAGAUUGUUUUAAUUCUACUACCUUAUAAGGAAAUGGGCUCUUGUGUUUAAUUAGAAGUUUCUGGUAUGACUGAAUCAGUAUAGUCUUUCUAAAGGAAGUUAUAUGUCAUAUAAAAAUGUAAAUUGGUAAGUACAGUAUUACAUUAAAUUAUUUCUGAAUGCACUAUAAUAAAUGUGUGGAAAAACAUGUAAUAAUAUGAAAGCUCUUUCUAACGUUCUGUAUUUAUUUCAACCUUUCAAAAUCUAAAUGUGAAGUACUUAAUUUAUAAUUUGAAGAAUAAAAUUCAACAUGUUCUUUAUCCCUGUGUUUUCUUAGCAAAUGUAGAUUCUAAUUCUUUUAGAAAAUUCAGAUAAAAUUCAGAUAUCAGCUUGUUCAACACUUGACUAUUCUUUACAAAAAAAAAAGGUUUUAUUGUACAUUCAAAACAGUAACUAAUGUCUGGAUUAUUCACUCUAAAAUUAUGUUUUAAAAGAGAUGAAUUUGUAAACCAAGUGAUUAUAUGCCUGUUUUUGUACCUCAGUGAUGGUUUACAUUAUAUACAUUAUGUGUUGGUUUAAGUUAUACAGAACAGUGAAGGUUGUAUGAAAUCAUUUUUUAAUUAAUGAAGGUAUAUUUAGUUAUACAGUCAGUUGUGUUAAACUGUAUUUACUAUAAUUGUUUUAUGUCUUUAUACAACCCUUUUAAAUUUAGUUUGAGUUUUCAGGAAAAGUAGCUGACCUUAAUUUUAAGUGUAAUAGUAUACUUGAUGCAUGUGUUUGACACUGAAUAAAAACAUUCAAAACAAAGCCUUAUAUAACCCUAUUAAUUUCUACAUUUUUUAUUGAAUUUUGACAAAAACAACUGGAUUAUUUGUUUCAAGUUCAUAGCUAUAUUUGUAAGAAAAUGUCUGACAAUGAGUAAAACAUGGAAAUUUUAUAAAAAAAAAAUUUAAGAAAUGUUGUGACUUUCAGGAAUUGUAUGAAAAUUAUUUUGGUAAUUAAUAUUGUAAGUAAUAAAUUGAAUGCACAACUGUUAACAAAUGCUCUGAAUAAACAGAUUCUGAAGAAAAUUGUAUAACUUGUGUCUCUGACUAUCAAUGAAAAAAAAGGAUUUAGACUAUGAUUAUAUUUCUUUUACUUCAGUCAAAUCUAAGAAACCUGAUUCCUAUAGUAGUACCUUGAAACUACAAACUGCAUACGUCACAAAAGUGAAAUAUUUUCAUUUAAGAACUUCCAAAAAUAAUAAAAAAAUUUUUUACAUCAAAACUAUAACAUGUAUGUUUUGAGACAUGCAGUUUUAAUUUCUGAAUUUCUAUUUGCAUUUUAAGCAAAAUCACUGUGAAUUCAAGUACUUGUCAUCUUAGAGUUGUAUGUCUAAAUUCAUUUAUUUCCAGGAAGGAUUCACUUGCACUAUAAAAAAUACCCAUAGAAAUUUAGUAUUCCUGAAACCAUAAAUAACUGUUUAACAAAACUUAUUACAUUGGGACAACAAAAAUAUGCCCUCUGAAACAUAAUUUGUUCAGAGUGACUUUCGUAGCAAUAUGAAAAAUGAUUAUAUAAUGUUAGAUUGGAUUUUUUAAAUUGUUCUGUCUUGAUUGAGCUUAUAUUGAACAAUGUACUGAAAGCAUGAAAUAUGUAUAUAUAGAGUAAAAAUGUUUUAUACUGAUAAAAAAAUUUGAAUUUAGUUUAUGAAAUGUGUAAUAUUUGUGUUUCAAAUGAAUAGCUAAGGUGAAUUUAAAAGGUUGUGCUUAUAAGUAUUUUGUGACUGACCUUUCUUGACUAAGUAAAAUUAUUAAACAAUGGUAAAGAGGACAAAAAAGAGCAAGAUUAUCUUGGUUGUGGUAAAACGAUACUGUAGAGUAAUAUUUACAAAUCGUUCUGUGUCAGACUCAACUUGAAAAUGCAUGAAAGCCUUAGUGAAAAGUGUGUGAUAAGAU